CUGCUUCGAAUCAAACAUUUAUUGUAUAAUUUUAUUAUUUAUUUACUUAAUUAUUUUCAGUGUUGUUAUUGAAUUGUUCAUAUGAUAUCAUUGUUCAGUGUUAAGGAUCACAGAGAUGUGAAAAUUAAACUGUAAGGUUUUUUAUUAUUAUUUUAAUAUCAGGCGUGUGUUCAGGCUCGAACGCUUUGAAGGGCACUGUGCUUUUGCUGUGCUUCGCGCAUGCGCACAAGCCCUUCCCCCCCUCUGUCCGCCUCGCUCCUGCGCGUUUCGCAUUGUGUCUCCAGCAGCCGGCGGAGCGGAGCGGAAAGAAAAAUCCCCCCAGAUCCGUGUUACCGAGAGCGGUCAUGUCGGGCAGGUCGGUGCGCGCCGAGACCCGGAGCAGGGCGAAAGAUGACAUCAAGCGGGUCAUGGCUGCAAUUGAAAAAGGAGAAAAAAUGGGUGACGGUUGGAGACACGUCUUUGAGAAUCUACAAAUGGGUGCCUGUGAUGGAACCGAAACCAGAUGAUAAGAACAAAAACAAAAAGAAGGGCAAGGACGAUAAGUACGGUUCGGAAGUGACCACCCCAGAAAACAGCUCUUCUCCCGGAAUGAUGGACAUGCACGAUGAUAACAGUAACCAGAGCUCCAUCGCUGACUCGUCCCCUUUAAAGCAAGAGACCAGUAACAACACGAGCCCCACCCCUGAACCCAUGGCCACGCCUCAGACCGACAGCGGCGACGCCAAAAGCGAGCAGUUUCCCAGCAAACAGCCUUCGUCUGGUCAGGACAGCAAGACAGGACCAAACCAUUCCUCGUCAGAGUCCACAACCGCUAAAAGAGACGGCAAGUCACAGGGAGAGCAAAAACACUUCACAGACACCUCCAAAACUGCUCAGGAUAUGGACGACGGUGCUCCUCCGAGCAAGAAAGGCAAGAUGGACUCCUCCUCAGAAGACAACUAACCGUCUUUGCCAACUGUUACACUCUAGUGAUCUCCCUUUCGUCUCCCUGUAUGCUUUCGAGUUGCUUCUUUUUUUUUUUUUUUCCUCCCUGAUCUGUAAUCAGUUUGAAUUCACUCAAAUACACACAAACUUUAUCCCUCACAGUUGCUUUUCAGUUCAGAGGAAGGGAAUCGUGAGACUCCGGGUUUGGAUGCAGGGUUUUUUUUUCCCGUCGCACCAAUCCGAGUCUGAUCAUAACAUCACCGCUUUUCAGUUCUGCUCCUUCUUCUCCACUGCCACUCGACGUCUCGAAAGCGUACGCUCGAGCAAUCCCCCCACACACGAUUUUUUUGUUUGUUUCGCUCAGGAGGGUCAACACACUGUUAGUUGCGCUGAAAUUCGAUCGGUUCUGCUGCUGUAGUUUGAAAAGUUGUUUUUUUCCCCCCCCUUGAAUAGCUAGAAAAAUGAGCAGUUAAGGUGGUGAGUGAGUGGUACUAGUCCCAGAUUAAAGUCUGCUGUGAAGACUGUAGCUCGUAGCAUACGUCCUGCUUGGUUGUGUGCCUUGUGACGCAGAAAUAAGCUUGUUUAGUUUAUUUUUUUCCCCGUCUCGGAAGUAUUUUUUCCCCCCACGUUCUCCCGGUUUAACGUUUCAUUUUCUAUUCGAAGUGCAGUCGAAAAACUGUGAUGGUGCAGAACACAACAGCUUUUGAAAUGCAGGUCACCAUUUCAACGGCGCCACAAACCCACACGAAGCAAUGAGGACGUCGAUCCUGACCGCGGAUUCAUCAAGUAUUUGUCUUUCUCCGGCAAGCGCCCCGCCAUCGAGACCCAGCUUUGUGCGGUUGUCCGGGGGGGGGUUUGUGGGGUUCGGGGGAGGGGGGAAAGAAAGCGAUUUUCAUUAGAUGUUAACAGGCAGGUUACAGAUAAACAGCUGCGCAAAUACCUCACACUCAGUCCAGCAGUGCUGGCGUAUAAACACUAAGUCUGACUUUUAGACAAAAAAAAAAAAAACCUAAACAAAAAAAAAUAACACGAAUCACUCGGAUGUGUCUGCUUGCAAAAUAUGUAUAUAUUUAUACGAUAACAUUUUUGUUAUUACACUUGAUUUUUUUUCUUGUUUUUCUUUUUUUUUUUUUUGCCACAAUAUUUCGCCAAAAUAUUGCCUUCUCGUAGUUCAAUCUUUGAACCUUUUAGCGGAAAAAUGUACUCAUUGGGACCAUUAUUUUUCACUCUGCUUUAGAAAUGUCUUGUACAGAAGUAUGGUUGUGUUUCAUUUUAUUUAUUCCACAUGUAGUUUUUUGGUUUUUAUAUAUAAAAAAAAGAAAUAAAAAAAAAAUUACAUUUCCUUUAAAUAAACUCGAAGCUGGUCUUUUGUUCACUAGACCAUCAAACUGCCGUGUGGUUCCAUUAAAGGAUCGUUGAUUGAAA